GAGAGAGAAUUUUUCGAAAACCGUUGUCGAUGUAUAAUUGCCGAACCCUAAGCGCGACUGCCAAUCCAUAUUUCUUCUACGGACGGCGGCAAAUAUAUCGUGACAGUCACCGCUGUGUAACCGUGUUGUGUAGGCAACUAGUUGCCGUUAGUUUCAUCAUAUCUACUCUAUUUCAUUUUCUCAACGUGGUUUUGGAAUAACUUUUAAACAGAUUGUACCGUUAUAUAACUUGAAUUUUGAUCGUGUUUUUUUUAAUUUUAUUUUUAACUUUGUUGUGGAUACGAUUUUUUUACACACCAAUAAGGCAGCUGGUCUUUCUUAUACGGAGGCGUUCUCAACGCCUUUAAGUAAUUAACUCUAACUUUAAAACCGUGUUGUUAAUUAUUAUUUUUUCUUAUAUCGAGGAGGCUCUUUUAAAGAGGCUCACCCGCCACUCAUUCAAGCUGGAUACUCCUCUGCCAGGGGCCACUACAAUGGCCAGCGUUGCCUACAACUUCAUGGUCGUUGACCCCAACGCCCACUCCCGGAGGUACAGUGAACACAACGGUUUCGACAACUACGACCCCCGGGACAACCGACCCCUGCCCGACCCCAUACGAGAGUACUCCUCCUCCCGGAGCCCGAGCCACAGGAACAGUGUAGCCGUCGACCUGGGGGAGGGGUCGGGCUCCAUCAAGAGGAGGAGAAGUAGGAAAAAGUCUGUCAACGGGGACAAGGUGAAGGACGAUAGGAUCAAAGUUCAGGUCUGCGUCCAGUUUUUUAAAGUUGGUGAAAUCGACACGCUCAAGGAACAGUACACAGCUGACGUCAUCGUGCGAGCUAGGUGGAGGGAACCAAGUUUAGAUGGACAACUGAGUGAGGGUGGAGACAUCACAGACAUCAGGAAGUACUGGAACCCCAAGCUAUACAUAGAGAACAGCUAUGGUGACCACAAGGAGAUGUUCCGCUACCGGGUGGUCUUCAACGACAAGGGCGAGGCCUACAUGUCAGAGAAGCGAACGGUCAAGGGCACGUUCAUGGAGAACCUGGAGCUUGACGAUUUCCCGUUUGAUGUCCAGGACUUGACAGUGACCGUGGCCUCUGAAUUCCCCUACACAGAGGUCGAGGUCGUGGAGGACUUUGAGAACCACCACAUGGUCAACAAGCAGUCGUUCGUGGACGAGCAGGAGUGGCACCUGUACUCACACACAGAGUGCAUCCAGAGGGAGCUGACCAUUGACCAAUUCGACCCCAGCGUUCGUCGCUCGGCUGUUUCCGUCAAAUGUCGGGCGGCCCGAAGACCGGGGUAUUUUGUAUGGAACAUCUUCAUGAUCACGUUUCUUAUUUGUACACUUUCAUUCGCUACAUUCUCCGUUGAGAAGGACCUCCCACAGAACAGACUACAACUGUCCUUCACCCUCGUCCUGACCGCCGUAGCUUUCAAAUCAGUUGUCAAUCAAAGUUUGCCUCGAAUCUCCUACUUAACGUAUAUGGACAAGUAUUUACUCGCCUCAAUGUUUAUGAUGUCCGCUAUCUGCACUUGGCAUGCCGUCGUGACGAUCCUGAUCCACAAGAAGGCGGACGCAGACUUUGUUGAGUACAUCGUGCUCGGCUGUUUGGCCUCCAUUUACGUCAUAUACAACGUGGCAUUCUGCGUCAUGAUUUAUGCAUUUCCAUGUAAAAAAAGAAGAAUUAUGGCACAGAAAGAUGUGGAACACAACAAACUCCGCCGGGAGCAUACCCCAUCGCAGCCAGCUUUGCGCAGAAUGUUAACUCUAACCAAAACCAUCUCUGCUGACUUGCCGGGUCUCAUUAACAGCUGAGAUUGAUGACCGGGCAAGGCUUGAGAAAAAUCAAAACCACGCGAGACCUAAAAACUCGUACUGAUCAGCGCAGAUCUGCUCACUUCCUGUCACAUGACUCACAGAAUCAAAUACAUCACGUAAUGAACAAGUUGAUGUUAUGUGACCUCUGCCUUUAUCCCCCGUACUCUGAGCACAUCAUAUCCUAGAAAAUCUAACCAUGAUCUGGCCUCAUACUCUGCAUUAUGAAUCUAGGCAACGCACAUCAGCUAAUAAGUAAUCUAUACUAUGUAUGAUAACUUUAUAAAUCAACACAUAGACUAUGCAAAAGUAAAAAAAAAAUAGGGAUUAAUAACAUAGGAUUUCAGAAAAUAUUUAAACAUUUAUGCAAAUUAGUUAUUGCCAGUGUAAAAGUGUUAAAAAUAAAUUAACAUUGUUUUUUUCAAUUAUGAAUAACAAAAAUGAUGUACUCUUUAAUUUUUUAAAAACUAGAUAAUAUUCAGAAAUAAGAUUUAAGUCUACUUAUUUUGUAGAUAAUGGUUGAAAUGUUGCUGUAGGGCUAAUGAAUCAGUAUCUAAAUAAAUUUAAGUAAAGUAACAUCAUUCUUCUGAUUGCUCUCGUAUUAAGUAACUCGAUGUUUUUUUUCUUAAAACAAUACAGCGUAAAUAUGUAGCUUUACGAGAAAAAACAAAAUAUUAGUACACCAUUUCCACCUUAAACAAAUGAAAGGAUUGAGGGAAUCUGAGGACUCAUUUUCCUGCACUGCUUUCUGCAUCAGACGUCAUCAAUUCUCAAUGUGCCUUCCACUCUGUUCUAUGCAUUAUCACUUGACCUAGGGAAGUAGUCCAAAAUAUUCUGUCGCAAGCUUCUUUAGAAAAAAAAUGCUAACAAAUUUUAACUUGAACUGUUUUCUUUAAAGAACAGAUAAAUUUAAUACUAUAACAAUUUGUUUAGAAAUAAGAAAAUUAAUUUUGAAGCAUUAAAAAAAAUUGUAUUUUUAUCAAAAGUGAAUACCAGUAGAUAGUUGAAGUUACUGUAUAAUUAUAGACUGCCCGUAAUCUGUUGCGUACUUUUCAUAGCUUCUAGCAAGUGAUCAUGUUUUUUUCUCUGUUGUUUCUUUCCGUAUUUUCUCUAAUUAUGUAUUUAAGAUUCUCAUGUUUUAAUAGAAGAUAUUUUUAAAAAAACAAAGUGGUUUCUUUACAGUGGCCUUUCUUAGCAUUCUUAGUUUUAUGAUCCACUGUAUAAAACCUUAUACCAAUUUAUUUCAUUAAUGCUGUUAUGAUUACAUACAUCUUUACAGCUUUGUGUGUUAUUUAUUAAUUUAUUUUGUACUGUUAGACAAUAGCGUUCACUAUUAAUGUUUACAUUUUUUAUGAAAAACUUAACGUUUUUAAUAAAAAAAAGAAUAAAGUUUUCUUUAUUCAAAGACAGAUUCUACAAAAUUAUUUCAAAAUUUUACUGGUGUAUUUUAAAUAUAAAUGUUGUUUGCUAGACUAGUUGUUGCCUAAAAUAUCUACACAGAUUAAAAAUAAUUUAUUGAUUUACUGUAUUUAGAACUAUUUUCACAAAGUCUACAAUCCUUUGAUUUGUCUAUCAAUAUUUAAAAUUGUUUAUGUGACUGAUUUAUUCUUAUUAAAAUGUAAAAUGUAUCUAUUGUUUGCUUUGUAAAUUAACUGUUACUUUUAUAAAAAUAUAUAGUUAAAGUGUCUAUCCCCUAUUUGCCUGUUAGCACUUAAAAUUUAUUUCUAUAGCCAAGAUUGUGCUUUGAAACAUUACUCUUAAACUCCUUUCUGAAAUGUAUUGUUCAUUCACAAACUGUUUUCUCAGGUAUCUUGUUAUGAUAAUUGUCAUGUUAUCAAUUAUAUACUGUACUUUCAUCUUAUGGUUCCACUCCAUUUCAUUAUCUGGGAUAUUUAAAUGGAUGUAAACUGUGGGUAGUAUAAUAAUUUGGCUAACAUUCAAAUUGUUACAGUAACUAAAUAAACAUUGAAAUAAGUAAGAUUAGCAGCAAAUAUAAAAUGCAUCUGAAGGCCCAAUAAACUUUUAUAUAUGGCCUCAUUAUGCAAAACUAAGUUCUUUAUCAUACAUAUAAUAUAUAUCAUUGUUUGUAGAAAAUUAUUUUAAAAUAUUUUAAAGUAAUUUUCACCCCAUACUACCCAAUACUUUCAUGUUCAUGAUGUCAAAUAUGCAUUAACGGACAAAGAGACAUGCAUUUUAAACAAGCAUUGACAUUACUGUUGUUAACUCUCCUGUGUUCAGAGGCAGUGUGAUUUAAUGUUGUUUCUGAUUGGGCCUAUAUUUGUUAUCGCAAAAAAAAUCUCCAGUUGCCCCCUAUUUGUUUGUUUAUUUCUUCGUAGUGGAAAAAAUGAGUUAAUUUAUACCAAACUAUGCUUGUGUAUGUUGAUAAACCCACAAUCAAGUAUUGUGUAGGUAUUUUUCUCAUUAUUAUUUAAGUUUUUUU